AAUUCAGAACUUUUUUACAUUUUGGCCAAUUGGUGGCUAAUUCGUAUAAUAAUAUUAUCCCUGAAAAGUUCAUUUCUGAUGUUUUUUCCUGACUGUUUGAGCUCUCAGAGUUUAGCCUCUCGCUUGGCUGGUCGCACACUCACACGUUUCUUUCUGUUCCACAGGACCUGGUCAGGACAGUCCCGCAGUAUUCUGCCAGUAGGCAUGGGUCACCACCAUCUCUCCACGUGAGUCCUAGUGCACCAGAUCUGUCCAAACACAUCACACCAUAUCAAGCUUGUCCUUUCUCUCUCUCUCUCUCACACACACACACACACACACAUGCGGGCUGUUUGGGACUGAUCAAGACCAGUUUUUGUAGAUAUUUUUCACUGCCCGCCAAGUCAAGCCUGGGACAUCCACACUAUGCAAAUAAAAGUGCUCUGAGGCAAUCUGUUGGGAUUUCACAAACAACAGCACCAGGUGAUCAAUCCAGUGAUGCUGAAAUCAUUCAUCUUUCACUGAGGUAAGACCUUUCCCAGAGGAAAAACCAAUUGCUCAGAGGUUGCUCUUUCUUAGCUUAGGAGUCUUACCCCUAUAAGUCUACUGUAUCAUAUUUAAUGCAUGUCUAUGUAUUUAAAUAAUACAUAGACAAUAAUACCUGUAAAGUAUCAACAUGUUGUAAACAAUCUAUUGCAUGCCUUCUGUUUGUCUGAUUGAUAGUUUAUAUAGUUUUAUGCAAGUAAAACAGCCUUUUAGUAUACUUCUAAAAAUGGCCACCUUAAUGUCGUGAUAUAUAUAUAUUUUUUUGUGAAAUUUAUAUGAUUUUUAUGAAGUGAAUGUAAAAAUAUUUUAUAUUGUUAGUAAUGUUUCAAGAUGAACUGGACUGAACGAAUGAAGGUUUACUUUUCCUUUUUUUUAUCAUGUUAUCAAAUGUUAUGCAUUAGGUUAUUGAAGAACAUUUAUUUCUUCAUCUCUCAGUCCUCAUUGUGUAGGAUCGCAUUGUAUGAUUUGCUCCCUACAAUGAAAACCACAGAACUUAAAAUAUAAAACUAUGCAUUAAAAUAUCCUCUUAUUAAGAUGCAUUAUUGGGAGAUAGAGAAUGACAACUGAUAUUCAUAUGCAUUUUGUUGUUGUUGUUGUACUGUAUAUAGCCUGCUGUAUAGUUUCAUUUCAUUCAAAAAUGUCAUUAAUUUACAUUACAAGCUGUCAGAAUUACUUCUUAAUUUUUGGUCAUAUAAAUAUCAACAACUGCACCAAAUUGCAUACUUUUGCUCAGUAUGGGCUUCUGAGUAGGUGUUUUUUCCUUCUCAUCGAUGAGUAUGAGCUCCAUAUGAAUAUCAUACUAUAUCGUCCAUAAAAGCUAAAUGUAUACAAUAUGAACAACUUUUUUAUUAAGUAAAAGCUGACAUGAAACUAUAGCACCCCCCCCCAAUCAAAACAUUUUUUUUUCUUUUAGAAAUGUAAGAGUUUAUUGAGCCAUUAGAUAAAACAAUUAUGAUAACGUUAGGUCUUUUAGGUCUUUUAUAGGAAGUUUACAUGAGAAAUAAAAAUAAACUUUGGAUAACUUUAUUAUCUUUAUCAGUAAUCUCAUGAGAUAUGUUUGAGUCCAUUUUGAGAUCUUGGACUGUUUUGAUUCUUUGGAUACCAAAAUCUGAGUGUUGGGAAACCUGCUCUUGGUUUAAUCUCAUUGCCGUCUAGGAGCAACAAUUCAGAUCCCAUUAAUGAUUUUUCUUCAUUGCUAACACCAAACAAAGCAUGUGACAAAAUCAAAUAUACAAGAGCACUAAGCAAUCAUGUGUUUGAUGCAUUAUUGAAGCUAUGCCUCAAUAUCGUGUUUCAAUAGACCUGGUGAAGUUAAUUAGUUUGUAGUAGCUUCACUCUGUGCAGACUUACAGUAUUAAUUACAUGAAUUAUUCACAAUCUUUUGGGUGGAUGUGCUUUUAAGGUGUGUGCGUGUGCUGAGGUUUAUGUGACAGGAGUAUGUACUGUGAUGUGAUUCCUUUCCGGUCCUCAUGGGAGAGUCCUGGGAUGUGAGGAGAAUUCCAACGAGGAAAUCUGCGGGAUUUUCCCACAUCGGCAGGCAGAUCAUGAAUCCACUUACACUUGCACAGAAUCUCAAAGUGUGUUGCUUUUUGUGGUUGUGCUUCUUGGAGAUUAUGAAACUAUGUCUUUAGACAAUUGAUGACGGCUAUGAAUUUUAACAUCAGUUCAAAUGAAACCUCCUCAAAAAUUUAAUGGACAUCUUCUGAUCUGAUUAUAUCUCUCUGUCCAGUUUGUUUGUUUGUUUGUUUGUGGGAAAUGGAGGCUGUGUGUGAAGAGAGAGAUCCAGGUUUGCGCGGGAUUGUGGGAGCUGUGCGUGUUGAUCGCAGGAACCGGUCCUGUGUUACCUCACCUAAUAUAAGAUUCACAUUCGUACUGACGGAGGAAGACCAACCUGAAACGCCCGAGGGCUCUCUGCUGAAGCUCCAGGCUCUGGAGGGAGACACCAGCCCUUCUUCAGACACAUCUCCCGAAGACAGUCCACCUAGCCUGGGAUUCAAAGAUGAAAUCCCGAUUCCUUCAUGCAAUGGUGUUGGGGAAGAGCGCAGCACACCAGACUGUAGGCUGGUAGAGGGUGACUGUAGCAGUGAUCUCCAGCAGAGCCCGGGGCCCAGUCGACUCAUCCAGCACAUCACGGACGACAACAGCCCCCUGCCCUCCCCACGCUGCUCCAGCCUCAGCCAGAGCCAACGCUUCAACACAGACCCUGAAUCUGCCCCGUCUCCACCCUGCGCACAGCAUCUCAUCAUGGCUCGUGGAGCUGUUAGAACAGAGGUUUCAGGAGACGCCAAGGAAGCUUCUUCCAUCCCACUCCUCACCAAACACAUCCAAACACUCAAGAGGAAAAUACGCAAGUUUGAGGAGCGCUUUGAGCAAGAAAUGAAGUAUAAGCCAUCACAUAAUGAUAAAUCAGCCAAUCCAGAGAUGUUCAAGCUCAUGAGUGAACUAGCCAGUUCUCGCAAACAGCUCAAAGAUUUGAAGCUCAGACUGUCAUUUGAGGAAUCCCGGAAACGUGAGAACAACCAGUCCACAGAUAUUUGCAGGUACAGUUCCGGCCAGCAGGAGGCGCCAGAGCAGCAGCCCAAGCCCGCUCUGGAGGAGACGGUGGACACAGUCCUGAAACGACUGCGGGAGAAACACCAGGCCCUCGGCCUCCCAGACAACAUGAAGGAGAUGACCCAAAGACAGAUGGCCCUAGAGAAGAUCACUCUGCAAAAAUGUCUGCUGUAUUUUGAGAGCUUACACGGCCGCCCUGGCACCAAACAAGAAAAAAACUUGGUGAAACCUCUCUAUGAUAGAUACCAGAUGGUGAAACAUCUCCUGUGUGCGACUCCCACUAUUACAACUAUAGAAGAAGAAGAAGGCUCAGAUGAUGACUCCGUUCGGUACACCCCCCCACCCAUGUACCUCACUGAUAAGAGUGGCUGUGGGGAGGAGGAGGGAGACAGCGACCCGGCCUUUGUGUCUCCGCUGGAUGAGAUCAAGACAGUGAGACAAUCGGUCAUAACCAUGUCCAACCUCCACGAGGCCUCCAGGUCUGAGUUGCUGGAGUGUUUGCGUGAGACUCGAGCCGAGAAGAAAAGACGACGUAAAGCCAUCAGAGAGUUUGAAGAGCAGUUCUUCAGACAGAUGGGAAGAUCCGCACAAAAAGAUGACCGAAUCCCCAUGGCUGAGGUGUACCAGGAGUACAAGAGUCUCAAAGCCAAAUUACGCUUACUGGAAGUGUUGCUCAGCAAACAGGAAACCACUUAGAAUAUCUGAAAAAUUCUUUCUGCCUUUCAGUAUCGAACCCAAUGUUUGGACCAAAUUGUGUUUUUACAUUUGACAUAAUCGUGCCAUUAUGAUGCUAAAUGCACUUUAAUAUCAUUUCUGACCACAUUGGAAGUCCUAGACUCAAUGGGUUGGGCCGAACCGAUCAAAGCCUUUCGGUGGCUACUAUCUCAUAAACGCAAACAUGUGCGAUCUCUGUGUUGUGUACAGAGCAAGACAGAUCAAUACAAACCUCAUUCAGAAGUCAAAGGGCAAAGGGAAAUAUAGAGUAUUCAUUUAUGUUUAUGGAAUAUGGCACUUUAUUUUUGAAGCGUUUUUUUUUGUUUUUAACCAAAGUCGAAUCAUAUGCACUUUUCACGUUUUCUUGCUCUUGUUUGAAGCUAGUUUAUGAUUCUAAUUAGGAACAUGGUGACAUUAUGCACACUAAUGAGGAUCGGUGAUUCUCUGGGGCUAGACACGAUCUCUAGCCUGUCAGAUAAUGCAACGCUCUAGAUAGAAAACAACGCAGAGCACUUAAAAAUAAGGGUUUUAUGCAAAUUUCAGUGAGUUCACUAACAUAUGAACACAGCAGCAACCAUGUUUAUUUCUCAUAUAUUUGUCUCUCAUAUGAAAAAGGGAGCACAAAAUGAGACAUACUUCAUACAAUUUAAAAGUAUUUUAAAAGAUCUAUUUUGUUCAAAAACGUGUUAAAGUAUAGUACGUGGCCAUCACAGAGCACAGUUUUCCUCCUAUACAAAUUAAACAUUAAACCAGUGGUUAAUAUGAAUACUGUCCAAUAACGUCGUACACUAUAAACAAUACUGAAGCCCAAAGCAGGAGAUAUGUUCAUGAGAAGCGGAUGUGCGCUUUAAGUGCAAUUCUGCUCAAGUAGCUACUCUCUGGAAACGAAACACUCGAUAUCUUUCCUUUCCGACGGAUCUACUGCAAUGAACUAUUACAAUCUUUGUGUAGUGUCUUUGCAUGCCAACCAGCGUAAACUGUUGAAUUGUGCAACAAUCAGGUGUGGUUAUUCUGUCAUGUUAUCGUCGCCCCAGAAUUGAUUUGCUGUACACAUCCACAAUGACAAAUGUAGCUUUUGAAUGUUAGCUAUUGUGCACGUAAUUCUACAUUGGUUUAUACAGUAAACAUGUAUAUAUAUAAUUAUCUAUAUAUAUAUAUUUGCUUUAUCGUGACCCUUUUCUUUUCCAUCAACAAAAUCCUCUGUAUUGUGCACUUCUGGUUCUGUCCAUUUUCUAUUCACCGGUUAAAAAAUAAAUAUUUUUCUAUCUA